UAUUUUGACCAGCUGAACAGAAACACUACACGGCCUAUCAGGUACUGAUUCUUGGCAUUACAUGGACGAGAUGAUUACGAUUCCAUUAAUUAUAUUAUUGCCAGGAGGGAAUUCGUGUCGCUCGAAGAUCCAUUUUGGCUCUUUUCCAGUCUCGUUCCCAGAGUCAGAAAACGAGAGCUCCUCUCGGUUUCCGACCGCUGGUCAAGGGGAACGAAGACUCUGGGGACGAGAUUGGCUCUUUCCUCUUUUUCAGAGGGCCUCAUCAGACGAAUGCACUACUUACCUAGCUUAAUGAUAAGAAAGCCCCAGAAAAUUGCCCAACCCCCCUUCCCACCUCUGAAAAUAUAAUUAUCUGUCCCUUAGUAUAGAGUUUUGGUAUUUUAAAAAAGAAUAUAUUAUCAACAGUCUCACCCUCCCCUACCCUCCCCUCUAAGUUGUUAUAAUACCCAUCCGUCCACCAUCCUUUCCUUCAAGACCUCUUGCCUUACUCACCCUGCCCAAGUCCGGUAAACAGAGCUGACAAGAUAUUUUACAGACAUGGUCUGUCCUCGAAAAGUAAGCAUGGAUUAGCUUGGCUUACGAACAUAGGCACUAGUGGCUUCUUCGACAAGAACGUAUGCGGUGAAAAUCUGGUGAAUAGAACUCUCGUUAUCAAUGGCUUUUUUCAAGAAGGCGCAAAGAGACAGUUUGCCACCGGCUGACAGCACUGCUUGCCCUGUCUGCAAGGAAGAAUACAUGGACGAGCCGAAACUGCUACCUUGCUUGCACACGAUCUGCCAGGACUGUCUGCGUGACAUUGCGCCGAAAAGUGCCCUCAAGAUCUUCUGUCCUAUUGACGACCAAGAGCUACCUCUUCCGAUGGGUGGAAUUGCAAUGCUUCCUACUGACUAUCGCGUUUUGCGGUUUGUAGAAGCUAACCGCGGUCAAAAUAACAAGGUUAAGACCGAGAGGAAACCGAGGGAACCCAGAAAGGAGAAACCAGAGCAGACAGACCGCAGAAAAUCGAAAAAGACGGACGGGAAAUCGGGUCCUACCAUCGAAGAGCAAGAGGAACGCAUGAGAAAGCAAGCUGCAGAGAUGAUAGAAAAGAUGAGAAAAUUAUUAGAUGGAAAGGAGAAAGAGCUCUACAAAAAAAUCGACGAAGCAGUCGGCAGAGAGAAGCGAAGUCUGUCCAUGAAUGGCGCAAAAGACGAAAACAAAACACCCGCAAUUUUCCUCCUGGAUCUCACUCCAAGCCGUAAGAUCAUGCAGAACCUAAAGGACGAGGGUCUGGGCACCAUUCAAGGCAAUCGCAAGGCCCCUACCCUCCUCAGUGAUUUAAAUACUGCCGGUGUCACCCCCUCUGCGUCCAUUAAAAAUCCUCCCCCCAGUCCCACUUACCGUGACGCGGCUGACGUGAUCCGUUCGUUGAACGUGCCGCUACAGUUUAAGACCAUGUUUAAUCCUGGAGCCGUGGCUGUGGGAAAAGACGGGCACAUCGCUGUCACAGACUAUGGAAAUGAAUGCGUGUGGCUUUUCAAUGCCGAGGGAUCAUAUCUCUGUCAGGUGAGCCCUUUCGCUAUGUUCUUAAAGAAAUGUAUUAACAAAACUUGGUGAAACCAUAGACCUAGUCUUCUAUCUUGGUAAGAAUAGCAUAAGA